AUGGUUUAUCUCGUUGGUGCCAGCGCCGCCCAGGCUGCGGCUCGAUCCACGCUUCUUCGUGGCGCCCCGGCCGUCCAGGCUCGCGCAAUUCACGACCUUACCAUCAACCGCAAGACGGGCAAGCCCAUCAUCAAGUCGGGCCCAUACGCCGGUGGUCGAUCCUCGGUCUCGGGCCACGUUGUGACUGUAUUCGGCUGCACCGGCUUCUUGGGACGAUAUGUCGUCAACCGACUCGCGCAGAAGGGCUCGCAGGUCAUCAUUCCUUACCGUGACGAAGACGAGAAGAGGCACCUCAAGGUCAUGGGAGACCUCGGCCAGAUCGUGCCGAUGGAGUGGGAUCUUAGGAACGACGAGCAGAUCGAGGAGUGCGUGCGCCACUCGGACGUGGUCUACAACCUGACUGGACGACACUACGAGACCAAGAACUUCUCCUUCAACGACGUGCACGUCGCCGGCGCCCAGCGCAUCGCUCAGAUCGCCGAGUCUGCUGGUGUUGGCCGCCUGAUCCACGUCUCGCACCUGAACGCAGAUGCCGACUCGCCGUCGUCCUUCCUGCGAUCCAAAGCAGAAGGCGAGGCUGCCGUGAAGCGCGCUUUCGAAGGUGCCACCAUUGUGCGUCCCGGCACCAUGUGGGGACACGAGGACCGCUUCCUCAACCAGAUGGCCGUCUACCCCUACGCAUGGCGUGUCAACCACGGUCAGACCAAGAUGCGCCCCGUACACUCGCUCGACGUUGCACAGGCUCUCGAGAAGAUGCUCGAGGCUGACGUCACGUCGAUGGGCGCUACUUUCUCGCUUGCAGGCCCCAAGGAGUACACGAUCGGCCAGAUUCUCCAGCUCGUCGAGUCGCUCACCUUCACGUCGCUGGCCAAGCCCGGUCUCAACACCCCUAAGUUCGCCUUCAAGCUGGCUGCUAAGAUCGCCGACCUGGCAUGGUGGCCCAUGAUCUCGCCGGAUGAGGUGGUCCGUCGAUACAUCAACGACAAGCCGGAUGCACCGGGCACCAAGAGCUGGGCCGACCUCGCCAUGACCCCGGACACACUCGAAGACACCGCCGCGCCAUACUUGAGGAGAUACCGACCGACCACAAGGUUCGAGCAGCCCCUCGAGACGGGUGGUGCUCGUCUCAAGAAGCAAAAGUACCACGUGCUCGACUAA